UGUCCAAAUGCUCUCAACACAGAUCUGCCCUGAGUCAGAGGAGAAAGUAAGUAGCAUUUAAAGGCCAGUACUAAAAGAACAUUUACUAAGAGAGAUUUCCAUAGCUCUCUAGAGGUUGGUAAAUAGAUUUUACAGACUGUCAGAGCUGCCAUUUAUCACUCUGAAACAAUAGGAACUUCUAUCAAGAAUGAGAGGAGAAAACAGAUCCACUUGAGUCCGGUAAUGCUUAUUGUUAUCAGGAAGAUUUUGCCUCUCAUUCCGUGACAGAACCAUAAUCAAGAAAUUUGACAUCAUUAUACAGUUUUUAAACUCCAAAGAGACCAAAACAUUUUAGACUGAAGAUGAAGCAUCUAAAUGGAAAGCAGAAAAACAAAACAAACAACACAAUGAAGAAAACUUCCCAGAAACCAGGAUUCUCAAAUUCUGGAAAAGGCUAUCAGAUUGUAUAUAAGCAUUCACGUCCAAAAUGCAUUGUGGAAAAUGAAACCUCAAUUAUCAGAUAUGGAACAAGACACUCCCAAGCAAAAAACAUACAGUCUCCUAAUGACCAAAAUACACUUAACAGUUUUCCUUCAGGAUUCUCAAAUUCUGGGCAAGGAUAUCAGAUCUAUUAUAUGAUUUUACGUUCAAGAUGCAUUGUGAAAAAUAAAACAUCGACUAUCAGACAUGGAAAGAGACGCUCCCAACAGAAAAACAUAGUGUCUACUACUGAGGAACGCUCACUUAAGAAUUUUUCUUCAAGAAUCUCAUAUUCUGAGGAAAGCAUUAUGAGAAAUAAAGCUGCAUCUGACAGUUAUGAAAUGAAAAGCUUUUCAGAAGAAUUCCUACUGGCGACUCCUUUUUCUGUGGAAAGCUCACAUAAUAGUUGUCCUCUAGUGGAAUUUAAGUGUACACAGCAGUUCACUGGCUUGAACACAAUCAAAAAUAAGGCUGUCACUUUUUUUUUCAACGAUGGAGAUUUUGAGAUCUUUGUUGAAGACUUACUUGAAAAAGAAGAGCGAGAUUUGCUGUUAAUAGACUUCUUCAGCUACAAAGAUUCAAAUGAAGGAGGGCCGACCCUGGUGGUGCUGAGACCUCAACUUUCUAACAUCAAUCUCCAGGUGCAUGCUAAGGAUGAGAAUAAUCUUGAGCUUCACAAAUGUGAAAAUCAAAACUCAGCCCAGGAAAAGAGACUCUUCAUAAUGCAUUCAGAAGGCGCUGAAUGGAUUUCCUUUGAGUGUUACUCUUUUCAAGGAUUCUAUAUUGGUGUGAAGGAAAACAGCCUAGGACUUAUAAAGAAGGAAGAGGGCGAUAAAGCUUUUAUUUUUCGACUCACUAAGUAAUUGCACCUCAGCCUCUUUGGUACUUUCUCAGGCUGUGGAAGGUUAAUUGGAUAGAAAUCUAUGAUUUUCUGACAUUUGAGAAUUGCUGGAAUAGACUAUUAAUAAAAAACAAGAGUGUCUGCCUCUGCGAAAUUUUCGUUUCUACAAUAGCUUUCUAGGAAUUGAGUAAUCCAUAAAUUUCAAGAGAAGUGUAUUAAAAAUGGCAGACUUCACCAUCUCUUUCCUACACUGGCAGCCCCCUCCUACUCAAGCAAUUGAGUCAUUACAAAUGUUGAUUAAAAUACUUUCCUCACUCUACUAGUUGCAAAGGAAAAUACAGAAGAAGCAUAAAAAGUAGUUGUCCCUGAACUCAAGGAAUUUAUCCUUAAAUUGGAAAGAAAAGGCUAUUUACACAAUUCAACUCCAAAUAUUUUUAAAAGUUAUUUCAUUCUUCUGAUAUCUCUGAAAUUAAAUAAGCAGAGUAUAGAAAUCUUCAAAUCAUACAGCCAAGUAAACAUUGCUCUUCUGGCUAUUGAUCCAUUUACCUUGUAAAUUUAGCCAUAAUUCUAUGUUCCAGAAUAUCAGUGACAAUAGGAACCAACUUUUGUAUUCAUACCUUAAUUUUCUAUUACUAAUUUCUCCAUCCUAACCCAUGUCCCUUGCCACAAACCUGAGUAUGCAUCUGUAAUAAUGGCUGCUUUUGAGAUCUGCAAAGUACUAUACAUUUUCUUAUUUACUCCUCACAACAGUACUCUGAAGUAAAUAUUAUUAUUAUUAUUAUUAUUAUUUACAUUUUUUACAGAUGAUAAAACAGGGACUGAGAGAGGGUGAACCCCAUAGUCACAAUGUUCAAUUGUAUCUACUAUCAGUGAGAAAGUAGGAUUGUAUGCUAUGUGAAAUUUUGUAAAUCAGACACCAUCAAAAGCCCCCCCCCCCCAAGAAAACCCAAAAAGAUCAUUCCAACAGGUCAAAGAAUAAGUUUGAAACUGGAGGGACCGAUCCAACUCCUUCAUCUGACAAGUUCAAACAAUUUCUUCUUAAAGUCAGAUUUUUAUCAAUAUAUUCAGAUAGCUAUAAAUAAAGUUUGCUUUUUUUUUUUUUAACAAGAAGGUGGCAGGUUAAAGGUAGUUUUGUACCUAUGUUAUAGCUCCAAGCCUUUUUCAUUGAGUCUGUUUAUAGUGACUUUCAUCAUCACAAAAGAGUUAAGACCAGAAACUCAGUAUCAUAUUUCAUCAUUUCUUUCUCAAUCACAAAAAAAUUCUAGGUCAUAAAUCUCAGAACCUCAUUCCUCCCAAACAGCAAGAGACUAGUAGUAUCAUCUUCUUUACUGGAACAAAUUAAGCUAUUUUUUUCCCCACCCUUUAGGUAGCUAGGUGACACAACAGAUAGAAUGCUGGUCCUGGAUUCAGAAAGACCCAAGU